AAGGGAGAAAGCUUGGUCCCUCUCUAGCUGGAGCUUCUGGGCAUUUUCCUGGGGUCCUUGGCUCUCGGUGUGGACACACCAGUCAGAGGCCAAGGCUGAAAGCUAUCAUGGCGACCGGUGGAGACCCAGCAGAGGAGCAGGUAGUUCCAAAUGAGGAGGAUGAAGCCGAUGUGAGAGCCGUGCAGGCCCGCUACCUCCGGAGUCCCUCUCCAAGCCAGUACUCAGUGAUCUCAGAUGCAGAAACUGAAAGCAUCUUCAUGGAGCCCAUCCAUCUCUCCUCAGCUGUGGCUGCCAAACAGAUCAUCAAUGAAGAACUCAAGCCUCGGGGUCUCAGAGCAGACACGGAGUGUCCAGGCAUGCUGGAGUCUGCCGAGCAGCUGCUGGUGGAAGACCUGUACAACCGUGUCAGGGAGAAGAUGGAUGACAAGAGCCUGUUCAACACCCCCUGUGUGUUGGACCUUCAGCGGGCGCUGAUCCAGGACCGUCAAGAGGCCCCUCGGAAUGAGGUGGAUGAGGUCUGGCCCAACGUCUUCAUAGCUGAGAAGAGCGUAGCUGUGAACAAGGGGCGGCUCAAGAGGCUGGGGAUCACCCACAUCCUGAACGCCGCACACGGCACAGGUGUUUACACAGGCUCUGAAUUCUACACUGGCCUGGAGAUCCAGUACCUGGGGAUAGAGGUGGAUGAUUUCCCAGAGGUGGACAUCUCCCAGCAUUUCCGGAAGGCAGCUGAGUUCCUUGACGAAGCAUUGUUGACCUACAGAGGGAAAGUCCUGGUGAGCAGUGAAAUGGGGACGAGCAGGUCAGCAGUGCUGGUGGUCGCCUACCUGAUGAUCUUCCACAAUAUGGCCAUCCUGGAGGCCUUGAUGACCGUGCGCAGAAAGCGGGCUAUCUACCCCAAUGACGGCUUCCUGAAACAGCUGCGGGAGCUCAAUGAGAAGCUGAUGGAGGAGAGAGAAGAGGAGGAUGGUGAGGAGUCUGAGGAUGCUGGGAGCACACUGGGGGCUAGAGUAAAUUCACUGAUGGUGGAAGAAGAAGACGAUGCCACCAGCCACCUGAGUGGCUCCUCCUUGGGGAAGGCCAGCCGGGUCUCCAAGCCAAUCACCCUCAUUGAUGAAGAGGAAGAGGAGAAGCUGUGUGAGGAGUGGAGGAAGGGGCAGGGCCUCCCCAAGGGCGAGGCUGCUCAGAGUAGAAAGGGCAGUUGCUCUGCCUCCUCUGCUCAGGAAGAGGACGACUGUGAAGAUGGGGAUGUGGGAAGGAUAAUCCAGGAGUGGCAGAGCCGAAAUGAGAGGUACCAAAGCAAAGGGCACCGGCAGUGGAGUCGGGAGGAGGAAGAGGAGGAAGAGAGUUCCUACGCCGGCAGAAGGCGCAGGCACACUCUGAGCGAGAGCAGCGUCUCAGAGAGUGUAAGCAGCCAUGACAUCCGGGUCUUGAAGCGACAACUGGAGAAGAGCAGCCAAAGCCGCAGCGGAAGACGCUGUUCCGACUCUGAGUCCUCAGAGAGCACCUGGGACAUGUGGAACGAGAGGUUGCUUGAGAUUGAGAAGGAGGCUGCGCGGAAGUACCACUCUAGGAGCAAGAGGGAGGAGAUGGACACGGAUUCAGAGGCAGGGGGCAGGGUUCGAGAGGAUGAUGAGGAGAGUGUGUUGUCCGAGGCCAGCUCCUUCUACAACUUCUGCAGCAGGAACAAGGACAAGCUCACGGCCCUAGAAAGGUGGAGGGUUAAGAGAAUCCAGUUUGGAUUUCACAAGAAAGACUCGGAGGUGGGAGAUGGAAGCAGUGAGCAUGGUGCUGAAGAGGCAGCUGGGGAGACGAGCCUCUCUGAUGUCAACCUGACAGCCUACCAGGCCUGGAAGCUGAAGCACCAGAAAAAGGUGGGCAGUGAGAACAAGGAGGAGGUGGUAGAGAUGAGCAGGGGAGAGGAUGCGGCCUUGGCCAAGAAGAGGCAACGGAGACUGGAGUUACUGGAGAGAAGCAGGCAGACGCUGGAAGAGAGUCAGUCCAUGGGAAGCUGGGAGGCAGACAGUGCAGCUAGUAGGAGCAUCCCCCUGUCUGCGUUCUGGUCUGCAGCCCCCUCGGUUGUCAGUGCAGAUGGGGACACGGCAUCGGUACUCAGCACCCAGAGCCAUCAUUCUCACCUGUCUCAGCCUGCAAGCAACAUGCCCACCACACCCUUGCCUAACCUGCCAGUGGGGCCUGGAGACACCAUUUCCAUUGCCAGUAUCCAAAACUGGAUCGCCAACGUCGUCAAUGAAACCCUGGCCCAGAAGCAAAAUGAAAUGCUCUUGCUGUCCCGCUCACCAUCUGUCGCAAGUAUGAAGGCAGCGCCAGCAGCCAGCUGCCUGCGGGAUGACCAGAUCUCCAUGCUCGGCUCCUCCUUAAGUGGCUGCUUACCACCUCAGAGCCAGGUGAGGCCUAGCACCGACGCGCAGUCUAUGCUGUCCUCCACCAGCUCACUGAACUCCGGGGCAGAAGGCAGUGGGAACAGAGUGAAGGGGACCAGCAAGCCCAUCUACAGCCUCUUUGCUGACAACGUGGACCUGAAAGAGCUCGGCCGGAAGGAGAAAGAGAUGCAAAUGGAGCUACAGGAGAAAAUGUCCGAGUAUAAGAUGGAGAAGCUGGCCUCAGACAACAAGCGCAGCUCCCUGUUCAAGAAGAAGAAGGCCAAGGAUGAUGAGGACAGCGGCGUGGGUGACAGAGAUGAGGACACAGACAGUGCCAUCGGAAGUUUCCGGUAUUCCUCCCGCAGUGAUUCCCAGAAACCUGAAACAGACACCUCCUCCUCCCUGGCCAUCUCCGAUCUCUAUAGAAAUGGCCACAGAGCUGGCAACGAGAUGGAUAGCAAUAUUAAUAUGUGGCUGAGCGGCCUCAGGACGGAAGAAAAGUCUCCUCCCCAAAGUGAUUGGUCUGGAAGCUCCAGGGGGAGGUACACCAGGUCUUCCCUGCUCCGGGAAACCGAGUCUAAAUCUUGCAGUUACAAGUUCUCCAAAUCCCGGUCAGAGGAACAGGACACCUCCUUCCACGAAGCAGACGGCAAUGCUGUGAGAAAUACCUCAAGGGUCUCAUCUUCCACCACCAAAGAGGGCAGAGAAGUUCACAAGUUCUCCAGGUCCACAUUCAGCGAGACGGUGAGCUCCCGCGAGGAGAGCCCAGAGCCCUAUUUCUUCCGCCGGACCCCUGAGCCCUCCGACGGGGAAGAGUCUCCAGGAUCAAGACGUCCAAACUGGACCAGGCCCAGGGACUGGGAAGAUGUGGAAGAGUCGUCUAAGUCAGACUUCGCUGAGUUUGGGGCCAAGAGGAAAUUUUCCAAGAGCUUCAUGAGGUCGGAAGAGGAGGGAGAGAAAGAGAGGACAGACAACAGAGAGGAAGGGAGGUUUGCGUCUGGCCGGCAGUCCCAGUAUCGGAGAAGUACAAACCGACAAGAGGAAGAAGAAAUGGACGAUGAAGCCAUCAUUGCGGCUUGGAGACGGCAGCAAGAAGAAACCAGAACUAAAUUGCAGAGGAGAAGGGAGGACUGUGAAUAAGGCCCACACUGGAGAUACUGGGAACACAGAAGACAUUCAGCUUAACAUGGGGCUUGGGACACCUUACUAUUGCCUGCCAAGGGUUGAGCAGGUAGACAGGAUCUUCCAGAUACGCAGAAAAUGCAAGUGUCCAAGAAGAAAGGACCUGGGCAUACAGUAGCAGGGAGAAGCAAGAAGAGCCAUCCAUGUGAUGCCCAAAUUCUAGACUGGUUGACGCUGUCACCCAAGGCCCUCUAAACUUUCAGAGUUUCCCUUCUGUGUUUCAUAGUGUCCAUUGCAGAGUAGAGAAGCCGGUAUGGAAAGCCACCAAGGAAGACUGUAUAUGCAGACCACACUUCUAUUUGUAGAGGUUUUGUAAGGAGACCCAGGUAAUUUACUCUGCGGUAGGUCUGACCCCUCCCUGCAAUGCUCAGCUGUGGUGGUUUCUUUUCAAUGUUCUGGAUCUGCAUUAAAUUGGUAU